AUGCAAAGGACAGCCCAACAAGAUACAGGGCAGGAAGAGCCGACGAGGCGAGGGAACCAUCCCUGGGAGGUCGUUCAUAGUCCAGAGACCUGUCCAAACUCCCUCCAGAAGAUCCCUCAGGUAUCUUCUCCGCUCCCCCACCUCUCUCCUCCUCCAACCCAAAACUCUACAUUGCGGGAACCGCAGAAGAGUUAA